CAGCAUUGCAGUAACCUAUCUUCAACAGAGCUCGAAGCUCGGGAGAACAACAUUUGCUAGAAAAAGAAACUACUGGCAAAAACAAUGCACCCGCUCCAGCGAAAUGGUGGCUGGUUGUUGUUGCUGGCCACGGUAUGCAAUUUCGGUUUGCUGGUCGUAACUGAACUACCUCGCCCGCGAGGUGUAUCGAUCUCACAGGCGAGCCUCUACGAGGAUCGCGCCGGUAGUGGGCAGUUUGUGUGUCUCGAUGGGAAAAAGGUAAUUCGCCACGAGCGCAUCAACGAUGACUAUUGUGAUUGCGAGGAUGGAAGUGAUGAGCCGGGUACGGCCGCCUGUCCCGGCGGUACGUUUCACUGCACGAACGCCGGUUACAAGCCGCUCAACAUUCCGAGCUCACGGGUGAACGAUGGCGUGUGCGACUGUUGCGAUGCUUCGGAUGAGUACGGUUCCGAGGCGAACUGCGUCAAUACCUGCAGCGAGCUGGGCAAAGAAAAUAGACUACGCGAAAAGCAGCGCAAUGAGAUGCUCAAGAUGGGCAAUCAGCUGCGACUUGAGAUGAGCCAACGGGGGACGUCACUGAAGGACGAACAGCGGGUGCGGCUGGCAGAGCUGGAUAAAAGCCGCGCUGAAGCGGAAGCUCUGAAGCAGGAGAAGGCCGCACUGAAAAGUGAAGCGGAAGAGUUAGAGAACGCCGCCCUCAAGGUGUACCGUGACCGUGAGGAGGAAUUGAAACGGGUGAAAGACGAAGCCGAAGCGCAAAGCAAUCGCGCGGAGGCAGAGGAGACAUUCCGAAAGUUUGAUUCAAACCAGAAUCAGCUGCUCGAGCUGGUGGAGCUGCAAACGAGGAUAGUGUUUGAUCGCAAUCGCGACGGUGCGGUAACGGAAGAUGAGGCCCGGUUCUUCUUGGACGAACGAGAUCAGGUUGAUUUUGAAACCUUCGUCACGUUAUGCUGGCCUCGUAUGAAACCUUUUCUAAUGAUGGAUUCGGGUCUGUUCAAACCGCCGGCCGACGAGCAACGUGCGGUACGUGACGAAACGGAAGAGGCUGAACUGCAUUCCGAUGGUUACGAGUUGGAAGGCAGUGAACACGAUGCCAAUAAAGUACCGGCCUACGGUGAUGAAGAAUAUCUAGCACACCACGAGGAGGAGGGUGAGGAUGAACAAACUUUGGACGAGCAUGAGGACGAAGACGAGGAGGAAGACGUUGGAGAAGGUGAGAUCGAACCAGCGGGGGGAAAUCAAAAGCCACCGGUCCAGUACGAUCCCGAGACGCAAGAACUGAUUAAUAAAGCGAAUGAAGCGCGUAACCAAUUUUCCGAGGCGGAUCGACACGUGCGUGAAAUGGAUCAAGAAAUACGGAGCAUCAAGGAAGUGCUUGAAAAGGACUAUGGUAAAGAUGAGGAAUUUGCCGUUUUGAAUGGGGAAUGUUUCAACUUUGAAGAUCGGGAGUAUGUCUACAAACUGUGCCCGUUCGAUAAAGCCAUUCAGCAACCACGUAGCGGUGGUGCGGAGACGAGAUUGGGUACCUGGGAUAAAUGGAAGAACAAUGGUGAUUACAGUACCAUGCUCUACUCGAACGGUGCCGCCUGUUGGAACGGGCCACAACGGUCGGCGCUAGUGGUUCUGGAGUGUGGACUCGACACUAGGAUCCUUUCCGUUACGGAACCGAACCGUUGCGAGUACGAGUAUCGGAUGCAAACCCCAGCUGCCUGCGCGUUCCAGGAAGAUCAGUCGAACGGCAACAAAGAAUCGCACGACGAGCUGUAGUAGUGUACCACUGGGCAGCGAGGUGAUUAGUACCACGUAGUGAAAAGCGGAUGGGUUUUGUUGCUAUCAUUUCACAUGCUAUCCUCCGAAUCAUUUGAAGCAUUCCUUCGCACGAAACGAAAAAAAGGAGGGGUAAAUAAUACCAAGUAAAGUAACGGGACUGAACUGAAAUGUGGACGGUAGAGUGUGAAGCGAAAGAUCUAAGAUUCAGCGAAAAAAUCGACACAGACUCGUUAAACAACAUUUCGAAUAUCAAAUCAUUCCGGUAACGGUCAGAUUAGUGGCAACUUAUUUUCUAGCGAAUGAAUCCAUCCAACACGCAAAACAUUUCAAACGCGCAAAUCUUUCGCUGUUUUAUACCUAUCGAAAAAAUCAUUUCUAGUGUAAAACCAGGCCACUUUGCGUAACAUUUUUAUUUUAAUCAACAAUUCAUAGGGAAAGUUUUCAUUCUACCUCCCGUUUUUACCAUCAUGCAGUAGUAAGACUUGUAAAUCCGUAAGAAUCAGCAGUGAUGAUUGACAAAAAAUGUCAACGAAAGUGUACACCAUCUAGAGAUUUAAAAUUGAUUCGUAAAGUAAAUAAUAAAGGCCGUUUGGCGUGAUUGUGGAUGGAA